UGGACCUCGCCCAUCAUUAAAGUUUUCGGUUCUCACCUGAAUUCAUAAGAGAGAAAAUCUAUUUUACAAUUAUGAUACUUGAUUUACUAUUUCGAAGUUCAACUCACACAGCUGAAGAAGUCAAUUUUCAAUUCUCCACAGUUAACUGAAAAGUCAAGACACAAUUCAACCAGAAAGGCUGGUGAAGGAGCAAACAAUAUACAAUUCUCUGUAGCGUAUGCACAACCGUAUUAGCCGCUACCGGUAAAGUUGAAGACUUUGGGUCCUGAGCGAAGCGUGAAAAAAUGCGUUGGUCUCCGUUUUUUGGGAUUCCACUUAUAGUGACUUUUCUCUCCUUGCUUCUUUUCAAGAUCUUCCCUCUCAAGUCACACUACUCUACUCAACAAAAGUCUCCAAGAAUUUACACUGUUGAAGAACUUGCUCUUUACAAUGGUUCUGAUCUAACCUUGCCCAUUUUUCUUGGUAUUAUUGGGUCAGUAUUUGAUGUGAGUAAAGGGAAGAGUCACUAUGGAUUAGGAGGUGGCUACAACCAUUUUGCCGGAAGAGAUGCAUCGCGUGCAUUUGUUUCAGGAAACUUUACAGGAGAUGGACUCACUGACUCACUGCGCGAUUUAUCCAGCUCCGAGGUUAAAAGCAUUGUUGACUGGAGAGACUUCUAUUUCCGAACAUACACAUUUGUUGGUAAGCUUGUAGGUCGAUAUUAUGAUAGUGAAGGCAAUCCCACGAAGUACUUAAAAGGGGUUGAAGCAAAGGCAGCUAGAGGUGCUCAGCUGAUGGAAAAACAGAAGAAUGAAGAGGCUAAACUACCUAGCUGUAAUUCAAGGUGGAGUCAGGUAGAAGGUUCAGAGGUUUGGUGUGACGAUGGAUAUCCAAGAUUAGUUCAACGACCUACAGAGAUAGCAUUGACAGGAAAAAUGAGCAAACGUUGUGCUUGCUUUAAAGAGGAAGAUCUUGGCCAGUCAGAUCUGGAAGUCUAUGAGGGAUGUGAUUAUUUUGCCAAAACAUGCCGGUUAUAGAAACUUCAUUGUGGAACUUCAUAGCACAAUUUUCCAUGUGAAUGAAUUUUGUAUAUUUACUAAUUUUGCUCGAAAGAGUUCAGAUUCUUACCCAAAA